GACCAAGUGUUUUUUCGGCUAUAAAACCCCAUUACACCACCCUUGCUCAACUCGUGCCGUUCUCUUCUUACUAAGACAAUCACCCCAGAGUGGAGAAGAGAACCUUAACGAACCAACCCCAUACCCAUUCAUUCGUUUCUUUCUACCUCGACAAGAGAAAUGGCAUCCCAUAUCGUCGGAUACCCCCGUAUGGGCCCCAAGAGAGAGCUCAAGUUUGCUUUGGAAUCAUUCUGGGAUGGUAAGAGCAGUGCAGAGGAUUUGAAAAAGGUUGCUGCUGAUCUCAGGGCAUCCAUCUGGAAGCAGAUGGCUGCUGAUGGUAUCAAGUACAUUCCCAGCAACACCUUCAGUUGCUACGAUCAUGUUCUUGACACCACCGCACUCCUCGGUGCUGUUCCAUCAAGAUACGGCUGGAACGGUGGAGAAAUUGAGUUCAGUACCUAUUUCUCCAUGGCCAGAGGAAACGCCUCUGUUCCCGCUAUGGAGAUGACCAAGUGGUUUGACACCAACUACCAUUUCAUUGUCCCUGAAUUGGGCCCUGAUGUCAAAUUCUCCUACGCUUCCCACAAGGCCGUAGAAGAAUACAAGGAAGCUAAGGCGCUUGGAGUGGACACUGUUCCCGUCCUUGUUGGCCCUGUGUCAUACUUGUUGCUGUCCAAGCCUGCAAAGGGUGUUGAGAAGAGCUUCUCUCCUCUCUCUCUUCUUGGCAAAAUCCUCCCCAUCUACAAGGAAGUCAUUUCUGAGCUUAAGGCAGCUGGUGCUACCACUAUUCAGUUUGAUGAGCCCACACUUGUGAAGGAUCUUGAAUCUCACAAGUUGAAUGCAUUCACUGAAGCCUAUGCUGAACUCGAAUCAACUGUAGCUGGUUUGGAUGUGAUUGUUGUGAGCUACUUCGCUGAUCUUCCUGCUGAGGCAUACAAGACCCUUAUCUCAUUGAAGGGAGUCACCGGAUAUGGAUUUGACUUGGUUCGUGGAGCUAAGACCCUUGAGUUGAUUAAGGGUGAAUUCCCCAAGGGCAAAUACCUUUUUGCUGGAGUGGUUGAUGGAAGGAACAUCUGGGCUAAUGAUUUGGCCGCUUCUCUUACCACAUUGGAGGCACUUGAGAGCAUUGUUGGCAAAGAUAAACUUGUUGUCUCCACCUCUUGCUCGCUUCUUCACACUGCCGUUGACCUAGUCAAUGAGACCAAGCUGGAUGCAGAAAUCAAGUCUUGGUUAGCUUUUGCUGCUCAAAAGGUUGUUGAAGUAAAUGCCUUGGCCAAGGCUUUGGCUGGUCACAAGGAUGAGGCAUUUUUCUCCGCCAAUGCUGCAGCUCAGGCUUCACGAAAAUCUUCCCCAAGGGUCAACAAUGAGGCUGUCCAAAAGGCUGCUGCUGCUUUGAAGAAUUCUGAACACCGCCGAGCAACUAAUGUGAGUGCCAGACUUGAUGCUCAACAGAAGAAGCUCAACCUUCCAAUCCUUCCAACUACCACCAUUGGGUCUUUCCCCCAGACUGUUGAACUAAGAAGGGUGCGCCGUGAAUACAAGGCCAAGAAGAUAUCCGAGGAGGAAUAUGUUACCGCCAUCAAGGAGGAGAUCAACAAGGUCGUCAAGCUCCAGGAGGAACUUGAUAUCGAUGUCUUGGUUCACGGUGAACCAGAGAGGAACGAUAUGGUUGAGUACUUCGGAGAACAAUUGUCAGGAUUUGCCUUUACCGUCAACGGUUGGGUGCAAUCAUAUGGAUCUCGUUGUGUGAAGCCCCCAAUCAUCUACGGUGAUGUUAGCCGCCCCAACCCAAUGACCGUCUUCUGGUCCUCAACCGCACAGAGCAUGACCAAGCGACCAAUGAAGGGUAUGCUUACAGGCCCAGUCACCAUUCUUAACUGGUCCUUUGUCCGUAAUGACCAGCCAAGAUUUGAAACUUGCUACCAGAUUGCUUUGGCUAUCAAGGAUGAAGUGGAGGAUCUUGAGAAGGCUGGAAUCAAUGUCAUCCAAAUUGAUGAGGCUGCUUUGAGAGAAGGUUUGCCUCUUAGGAAGUCUGAGGAAGCUUUCUACUUGGACUGGGCUGUCCACUCCUUCAGAAUCACCAACAGCGGUGUCCAGGACACUACCCAGAUCCACACUCACAUGUGCUACUCCAACUUCAACGACAUCAUCCACUCCAUCAUCGACAUGGAUGCUGACGUGAUCACCAUCGAGAACUCACGUUCUGAUGAGAAGCUUCUGUCUGUCUUCCGCGAGGGAGUGAAGUACGGUGCUGGCAUUGGCCCUGGUGUCUACGACAUCCACUCUCCUAGAAUCCCAUCAACUGAGGAGAUUGCUGACAGGAUCAACAAGAUGCUUGCCGUGCUCGAGACCAACAUCUUGUGGGUUAACCCCGACUGUGGUCUUAAGACUCGUAAGUACACAGAGGUCAAGCCAGCACUCAAGAACAUGGUCGACGCCGCCAAGCUCCUCCGCACCCAGCUUGCCAGCACCAAGUGAGUGGUUUGAAAAAGGUUGGCCGUUGGAUUGGAAGAAGAGGAAAAAAGAACAAGAAAAGUUUCUUUAUUUGUUCCAAUAAUUGUGUGACUCAAAUACUUAGUAGGCUUAAAAAUGCUCUUGUGAGCAAUUUAUUUUCAUUUCAAUUUUUUUUUUUUGUGUUUUUAAUAUUUGGCAUUUUUGAGGCCCUGUCUCCUAUCCUUUUCAAAGGCAUCAAACUGCUUAAAUGUAUUUGGAGAAAAGAAAAAUAUCAUUGCGAGUUUGUGCAUUC